CUACGUGACACUAUUAUAAAGAUGGCCUUUAUUAAAGAGGAGAGUGAAGACAUAAAGAUUGAAGAAGCUUUCAUAGUGAAACAUGAAGAGACUGAGGAACAAACAGACCUGAUGGCGCCGAAAGAGGAGAGUCAAGAACUGAAUAAUAUGCAAGUGAAAGAUGAGAAUCAUGAUCUCACGAUCAGAGAAAAAUCUACACCGACUGAAAUGACUUGCUCAAAAAAAGGAGCCCAGAAGACCAAAUCUAACAGCGAUUUCAACUGCAGUCACUGUGGAAGGAGUUUCAAUCAUAAACAAAACUUUGAAGUCCACGUGAGGACUCACACUGGAGAGAAGCCUUACACAUGCCAACAGUGUGGAAAAAGUUUCACUCAAAAACAAAACCUUAAAGUCCACAUGAGAAUUCACAAUGGAGAAAAGCCUUACACCUGCCAACAGUGUGGAAACAGUUAUGCAUACAAAGGAAGCCUUAAUGCCCACAUGAGACUUCACACUGGAGAGAAGCCUUACACCUGCAAUUACUGUGGGAAGUGUUUCACUCAAAAUGGAAACCUCGAGGUUCACAUGAGAAUUCACACUGGAGAGAAGCCUUUCAAGUGCCCUCGCUGUGAGGAGAGUUUCAGAUGUCAAAGAGACCUGAAACGCCACUUGCAGACUCACUCUGGAAAGAUAUUGCAUUGUUCCGAAUGUGGCAAGAUGUUUACGACAAGGAGACAUUAUAAAAAUCACCUGCGACUUCACUCUGGGGAAAGACAAUUUAAUUGUGAUGAUCAGUGUAAUAAAACAAAUGCUUGUGCCAUCAUCCCAGAUAGCAAACUGACAUUGAAUCAACGUGGAAAUAUGACAUCGACCAGGUAUCUACGUGACACUAUUAUAAAGAUGGCCUUUAUUAAAGAGGAGAGUGAAGACAUAAAGAUUGAAGAAGCUUUCAUAGUGAAACAUGAAGAGACUGAGGAACAAACAGACCUGAUGGCGCCAAAAGAGGAGAGUCAAGAACUGAAUAAUAUGCAAGUGAAAGAUGAGAAUCAUGAUCUCACGAUCGGAGAAAAAUCUACACCGACUGAAAUGACUUGCUCAAAAAAAGGAGCCCAGAAGACCAAAUCUAACAGCGAUUUCACCUGCAGUCACUGUGGAAGGAGUUUCAAUCAUAAACGAAACUUUGAAGUCCACGUGAGGACUCACACUGGAGAGAAGCCUUACACAUGCCAACAAUGUGGAAAAAGUUUCACUCAAAAACAAAACCUUAAAGUCCACAUGAGAAUUCACAAUGGAGAGAAGCCUUACACCUGCCAACAGUGUGGAAACAGUUAUGCAUACAAAGGAAACCUUAAUGCCCACGUGAGACUUCACACUGGAGAGAAGCCUUACACCUGCAAUUACUGUGGGAAGUGUUUCACUCAAAAUGGAAACCUCGAGGUUCACAUGAGAAUUCACACUGGAGAGAAGCCUUUCAAGUGUCCUCACUGUGAGGAGAGUUUCAAAUAUCAGAGAGACCUGAAACGCCACUUGCAGACUCACUCUGGAAAGAUAUUGCAUUGUUCCGAAUGUGGCAAGAUGUUUACGACAAGGAGACAUUUUAAAAAUCACCUGCGACUUCACUCUGGGGAAAGACAAUUUAAUUGUGAUGAUCAGUGUAAUAAAACAAAUGCUUUUGCCAUCAUCUCACUUACAGAUACACCCAAAAAGUCAUGCUGAUGUGAGUCCCUCAUUAGUGUUUAUUGUGUGGGAAGAGUUUUGAAUAUUUGCACCAGCAAAUAUGUUUCUGUGUAAAAUGAAGACUAUGUACACAAAACUACUUCAAUGUUGACCGAAUCUGACUGUCUACCUUCAUAACUGUUUCUUUCUUAACCUCUUUAUACUUUG